AUGUCACGAAAGAAGCUGCUUGCUAAAGACAGUGUUGGGAAGGGGAAGAAAGCGACAAUUACCGUGGAAGUGAAGAAGGAAAUCAUAGCAAAGCACGAGUGUGGUGUGCGUGUGACUGAUCUCGCCAGGGAGUAUGGCAGGUCCUCAUCAACGAUUUGUACCAUUCUGAAGAGGAAAGAACAAUUUAAGAUGCUUGAGGUGGCUAAAGGAGUUACCAAGGUUAACAAGAAACGUCCAAAAAUCCUAGAAGAGGUUGAAAAGCUACUGCUAGUUUGGAUGAAUGAAAGGCAAUUACAUGGCGAUAGUGUAUCUGUAGCUGUUGUUUGUGCAAAGGCCAAGAAGUUAUAUGUGGACCUUGUCAGGAAGACACCAGGUGCGUCGUCUGAAGAGGAGGAGAUAUUUAAGGCAAGCCGUGGAUGGGUGGAGAAAUUUAGGAAGAGAAUCGGUAUCCACAGUGUUGUGCGACAUGGGGAGGCUGCCAGCUCUGAUAAAGCUGCUGCCAAGAAAUUUGUACCAGAGUUCCAGGAAUUUGUUGCUAGAGAGGAGUUCUUGCCCCAACAAGUUUUUAAUUGUGACGAGACUGGCCUGUUUUGGAAGAAAAUGACGAAGAGGACCUACAUCACACAGGAGGAACAAUCUUUGCUUGGCCACAAACCGAUGAAGGAUCAGCUUACUCUCGUGCUCUGCGCCAAUGCAAGUGGCGAUUGCAAGGUCAAGCUGCUGCUAGUCUACCACUCAGAAAAUCCACGCGUGUUCAAGGCAUGCAAAGUGUACAAGACGCGACUGAAUGUGAUGUGGAGGUCCAAUAAGAAAUCCUGGGUCACGCGGAUAUUCUUCACUGAAUGGGUCAAUGAUGUUUUUGGCCCAUCAGUGAGGAAAUAUCUUGACGAGAAGUAG